UGUCUUGUCGUGUAAGCUGUCCUCUACGCCACCUGUUCUCUUCUUCCUCUUUAAAAUAACUCACUUUCUUGCUCUGGCCAACUCCUUGCUCAAAGGCUUUAAAAUUUUUUCUGCUUUUUCCACCCUCUCACGGCCUCAGUACACGCGUCAGUAACGAGGGAUAAAAGAAAAAAAGGGUAACUAGAUUUUCUUGAGUUUCCUAGGAACCAAACACCACCUGCUUCUCAUCUUUUCCACCAGCCCGACUGAAAAAGUUUUCAUUUUUUUUACUCGAACUAUCUAUAUCACGGAAGUCCUUCCAAACCCAAUUUUUUUUCCUUGCAUUAUUUUUUUUUUUUUGCUUCACGUUAUAUGAUUCUUUGUCUGGCUAUAUUGGCUUAAGAUCAGCAAAAUCAUGGCCGUCGAUUCGGCUGACAGGAAAGAAGUCAUCUUGAAGAUUAAUGACAGGGGCAAUGAGAGUAAUAUUCCUGCUGCUGCCGCUGCAGCCACCGCCACCGGUGGAGGUAAGAUUUGGAGAGAAUCAAGCUAUGAUUUUUGGAAAGACAGUGAGAAAAUCAGCAGCAACUGGAAAAAGGAGAAUGCCAACAUGAAUGGUACUGGAAGUAGUGCUAAUAAUAGUAGUAGAGAGAGUGAAGGUUUUGAUUUCAUGCGAAGCAAACAAGCAGCCAUAGAAGAUCCACCGUCUAAGCUGAUUGGUCAGUUUUUACAUAAACAAAAAGCUUCAGGUGAGAUUUCAUUGGACAUGGAUUUAGAAAUGGAUGAACUUCAACAAGAGCCUCCUCAUCAUGGCACCUUAUUGCCUACUGUCGCUGAAUCACCUUCACCUUCAGCAGCCGCUGUUCCCAGGGUGUCCUUUGAAAACAACGCUGUAAGAAGAAGACAGAGUAAAGGGUCAGCAUCUCCAGGGAAAGAAGAGAGUAGAGACUCUAAGGAGGGUGAUGGGGUUGUAAAGUGUAGUUCAAACUCUUCUUUUAAAAGAAGUGAAGGUGGUUCAUUUCAAAGGAAGUCAAGUUUGUUGGCAACAAAGACAAAGUCCAGGUUGAUGGACCCUCCUACACCGGAAAAGGGGGAGCCAAGGUCGGCGAAAGCCACAGUGGGCAAGUCAGGACAGAUAAUGAGAUCUGGGUUUCUUGGCAAAAGUAUGGAGGAAGAAGAGGAUGAUCCAUUGCUUGAAGAGGAUUUGCCUGAUGAGUAUAAGAAAGAUAAGUUAAGUGUCUUGGUUUUGCUUGAAUGGUUAAGUUUGAUUUUGAUUGUUGCUGCUUUCGUUUGUAGUCUUACAAUUCCUUAUUUAAGAGCGAAACGUUUGUGGAGUCUUAUGUUGUGGAAAUGGGAAGUUUUGGUUUUGGUUUUAAUAUGUGGUAGAUUGGUUUCAGGGUGGAUUAUAAGGAUAAUUGUGUUUUUUAUAGAGAGGAAUUUCCUUUUGAGGAAAAGGGUAUUGUAUUUUGUUUAUGGAGUGAGGAAAGCAGUUCAGAAUUGUUUGUGGCUGGGGUUGGUUUUGAUUGCUUGGCAUUACUUAUUUGAUAAGAAGGUUCAGAGGGAGACUAAGAGUGAAUUCCUGAGGUAUGUGACCAAAGUUUUGGUUUGUCUUGUGGUGGGUGUGAUGUUGUGGCUAGUGAAGACCCUUUUGGUAAAGGUGCUGGCAUCUUCUUUUCAUGUGAGUACUUAUUUUGAUAGAAUCCAGGACUCAUUGUUCAAUCAAUAUGUAGUUGAGACUCUUUCUGGUCCACCGUUGAUUGAAAUUCAAAGGGCAGAGGAGGAAGAGGAGAGAAUUGCAAAUGAAGUUAAGAACCUACAGAAAGCUGGUGCUACAAUCCCUCCUGGGCUCAAGACGUCCACCCUUUCAUCACCUCACAGUGGGAAGGUGAUAGGGAGUGGACAGAUCCAGAAAAGUCCCCGAGGAAAAAGCCCUAUGCUUUCACGUAUGCUUUCUUCUGAGAAGGGAGAGAAGGAUAAGAAAGGUAUAACAAUUGACCAUUUGCACAAAUUGAAUCAUAAAAAUGUCUCUGCUUGGAAUAUGAAAAGGUUGAUGAAUAUUAUCCGCCAUGGAGCUCUUUCCACUCUAGAUGAGCAGAUACAAGAUUCAACUCAUGAAGAUGAGUCUGCAACACAAAUUAGAAGUGAAUAUGAGGCAAAAGUUGCAGCAAGGAAAAUCUUCCAGAAUGUUGCUAAGCCGGGAUCCAAGUACAUCUACUUGGAGGACAUUGAACGUUUUCUGCAAGAAGAUGAGGCUUUCAAGACUAUGAGUCUGUUUGAAGGAGCAUCUGAAAGCAGGAGAAUUAGCAAGAAGGCCCUCAAGAAUUGGGUGGUGAAUGCUUUUAGAGAACGAAGGGCACUUGCCUUGACACUGAAUGAUACCAAAACAGCUGUGAACAGACUUCAUCGGAUGGUGAACGUUCUGGUCGGCAUCAUCAUGGUGGUUAUUUGGCUCCUCAUACUUGGAAUUGCCUCCAGCAAAGUUCUUGUUUUUAUUAGCUCUCAACUGCUUCUAGUCGCAUUCAUAUUUGGAAACACCUGCAAGACAGUAUUUGAAGCUAUUAUAUUCUUAUUUGUUAUGCACCCAUUUGAUGUGGGUGACAGGUGUGAAAUUGAUGGAGUUCAGAUGGUAGUGGAGGAAAUGAAUAUCUUGACUACUGUUUUCCUAAGAUAUGACAACCAGAAGAUCAUAAUUCCAAACAGUGUCCUGGCUACUAAGGCCAUCAAUAACUACUAUCGUAGCCCUGAUAUGGGAGAUGCAGUUGAAUUCUGUAUCCAUGUGAAAACUCCUGCAGAAAAGAUUGGUCUGAUGAAGCAGAGGAUAUUGAGUUACAUCGAGCACAAGAGUGAUCACUGGUACCCAGCUCCAAUGAUUAUAUUUAAGGAACUUGAAGAGUUGAACAGAGUAAGGAUAGCAAUAUGGCUGACACAUAGAAUGAAUCAUCAAGACAUGGGAGAGAGGUGGGCAAGAAGAGCUCUCCUGGUUGAAGAGAUGGUUAAGAUUUUUAACGACUUGGAUAUUAAGUACCGCUUAUAUCCCAUUGACAUCAAUGUCUGUAGCAUGCCUCCCGUGGCAUCUGACCGCCUUCCUCCUAAAUGGACUGGACCUGCCAGCUGAACAAGAUAAGAAGCAGACUAUACAACCCAUCUUUGUACUCGGAAAGACCCAUUCGGUGCAGUCUCAAAGUUGGGAGUUGAGUUUACUGCCUUGUAACAUUGUUUCCCUGAUGGUUAUAGCCUAUAGUGAGAUAAAAUUUUCAUUUAGAUGAUUAGAUACUAAACUACUUCUAUGAUUAGUGUAUUUUUGGUAGCUUGAAGAAGUCAGCAGUGCUUGAUGAUACUUCCUAAUCGUGUUUUCGAGAUCUUUGACUUAAAUGGCCGGUGUAUGUAGAUUGAAUCCCAUUCUGUCCUGUUUGGGAUUGCAGAGGCAUAUUAAUAGUGAAACUUUUACCUGUAUCAUGAUUCCAUUUUAAUUUUUAAUUAUAGGAAAUGGUCCAUUUUCAUUCCUA